CUAAUCCCUUCGUUAACUUAAGUUAACUUUUCAUUAACUUAAAAAAAAAAUUAAAAAACAACAAAAAAACCCUAAACACCUCUCUCCUCCCUCACAACUACCCACCAGCCACCACUACACCUCCAGCCGCACCACCGCUGCACCUCCAGCCGCACCACCGCCACACCCCCAGCCGCACCACCGAGCCGCGCUCCUCUCUCCUCGAACCACCACCGCGCGUCACCACCUAGUGCACCACCAAAGAAACUGUUGGACAAGGCAAUGGAGGAAUUCGAAUUCGAAGUGAAAUUUUGACAAAUUGGUUUAGGGCUUUUAUUGCAUUAGAUUCUAAUUGCAAAAUUAAAAGUUGUUAAUUGUUGUUUUUGUUUUGAAAACAAAGAAUUUGGUUUAAAAUAAUAGAAAACCCUAAUUUUUUCCCCAAUUCGAUUUUAAUUGUUAAAUCAUCAAUUUUGGUUCAAUUAGAUUGAGAUUAAAUACACAAAACUUGUUUUAAUUGAUUUUUCCAAUAAAAAUCUGCACGAAUAUAGUUCAAUUGGUCGAAAAUUUGGGCAUGAAGAACGAAAUUUGGGCUGUCGCGCGCGGUGGUGCGGCUGGUGGGUCGAGGAGAGAGGAGCGUGGCUCGGUUGAGAGAGGAGAGAGGACUCAGAGGAGGGUGACGCGCGCGGUGGUGGGUCGAGGAGAGAGGAGCGCGCACGGCUUGGUGGUGCGGCUGGGGGUGCGGCAGUGCGUGGUGCGGUGGAGGUGUAGUGGUGGGUAGUUGUGAGGGAGGAGGGAGAGGUGUUUGGGGUUUUUUUUUGUUUUUUUUUUAAAUUUAUUUAUUUUGAAGUUAACGGAAAUUUAACGAGGGAUUAAGAUAGGGUUACUUCGUAGACGCUAAAGGUAACUUGAGGGUACAGUACCUCAGGGACAUUGUAUAGAAAAAACUCAAUAAACAAAUAUUUCUCAAAAAAAAAAAAAAAAAGUUAAAAAAAAAAGUUUGCAAUUAAGAAAUAGAGUAGCUACACUUUUCCCAUCCCCAAAAAAUACUCCAAAAUAAAACAUUAAACUCCGUACUCCAUUUCCGUUCCACUUCCACUGAACUCUUCUACGUCGUCUUCUCUUCUCCGGCCGCCGUAUUCUUCUACUCUCCGCCGUCAUAAUCACCGUUGAAAACCUACCUUAGCUCAAGAGUGACCAUUUCAAGUUUUAUAAGGCAUGGAUGAUGUGCUGACUGACGUUCCCCCUCCUUCAAGGUUCUCUGAUGAGGAUCUCAACAUCUUUGUCCCUCCAUCUCCUUCACUUCCAACUCCAUUCAUCGUUCUCACAGAUCCUUAUACUAGUGAAACUCUUCGUCCUUCACUUCUUAUCUUUGCCAUUUCAUCCCCAUCUCUUCAUAUAUUUCAUCAUGUGUCCUCUAAAAAACUCAUAGGAACACUCAUUCUCCCUGAAAUUCCUUUCUCCGGAAACACCAUUGCACCUUCUUUGAAGAAUAAAUCUUGCAAUAUUUACUCACUAAAUGAUACUGAAAAGCUAGUCCUCCUUGUUUGUGUACAGUUUAAUGUACCUGCAGAGAGAUGUCAUGCUGUUUCAAAACUGUUUCUCACUGAAAAGAUUGUUCCAGAGAGGGUAUUGGUCUUAGAUUCUGUUCAGAUACAGAAGUUUCGUGGGAAGUUAUCAAGGGAUGAUACUGUGGCCUACAAGCUUGAGACAUCCUCGGAAAGAAAAGUUUCUGGUGAAGCCUCUAGUGGACCAUCCCUUCUGAAGGACAUGGACUACUUCCCAUCAGGAAGUGUGGUGGACGGUCUUGCUGCUGCUCUGUUGGCUCGAUGCCAGAUCAAGAAUAUCCAAGGUAUUUUGUGCGUUUCCUGGCCUGAUUAUGGUAUACCUGUGAUGCAGUUGGUUAGAUCUCUUCUGGUAAUGGAUAUCUUGCCUGGUUUUGAUUUCUCUUCUUCAAGCUAUGAAAAUGAGAUGAAGUCUAGUUGGCUUAAGAAUCCUCUGCUUGAUACAGAGUUGUACACCUGAUAAGGUUCAUUGUAGUUGUGUUAGACAGACUUCAUAUUUCCAUCUAAAGGAAAGUCCUUAUUGAGAAAGAUAUCAUACCUUGAACAAUUUUAAGCUUUAGGUUGAAAAAUUAUCACAUUUAGAUUUUUGAGGA